GAACGCCCUCAAUGCUACUUCAGGGAUUAAGCCUGUCAGGGCUCCGCGCUGAGCUAGCUAGGUCCUUGUCGAGAUGGAACUGGAAGAGUUAUCCCAGAAAAAGCCUGUCCAAGCUGACCCAAAUGUUUUCGUCUGUGGGAAAUGUAAGGAAGAAUGGGACACUCUAACCGCAUAUCUGAAGCAUCGAGCAAACCAUGCAGGUGAGAGCAGCAAUAUUUGCUGUGAACUAUGCCAAGCAGCUUCAUCUUGCAAGGAUGCAGUCUUGGAACAUUACACAAGUUAUCAUCAAAUUAUCUUUGAUAAAGGAGAUGAUAGAGGGGAGAGUAAUUCUUACAGAGUCCUGGAGGUUGGGGAGACUGAGGGUGAGAUUAUCGCUGUCAUAGCAGACCCUGAUGCUCAGCACAUGGAUGAGGAAGCAGAGAAAGUCUAUGAAGAGUUAGUCAAAAAAAAGCUGCCUAAAUUGGCUACGGAUGAAUUCCUGCGAGACGGUAUCAACUACAAGUUUGCAAUGGAGGUGGUCAAGGUUGAAGGGGCAAAGUUCAGUUACGGUAAAACUGUGCUCAGCUGUUUAUUUUGCCCUCUACAGGCUAACGACAUUAUGGUGCUGUCAAAGCACAUGUUCAACACCCACAAGAAAUUUGUGAAUAACUUAAGAGUAGAAGAAUAUGAAAAGACUUUCUUGGAGGAACAGCGGAAAACAAGAGGGAAGAAGUACGGUGGACAGUUGCUGAGUUUAAGCAAGUAUUGGGAGUGUCUGGAGUCUAGGCCUCAGCAGCGAAAGUGCCGGGCUAGGCUUAAAAACAAACGAAAGUUGCAGCCAGACACUUUUCCUUGUCAGACGUGCGGCAAGGUGUUCAAGCAAGCCCGACUGAGACGGGUCCACAUGGAGACCCACCGGACCGAGAAAAACUUCCUGUGUGAUGAAUGCGGCAAAGCCUUUAAGUCCCGCACCCGGCUGAUGGCUCACAGAAAGUCCCACCGGGAAAAGAUCUUCAAGUGUCAACAGUGCGACUUUCAAUCCAAGUUACAUAGUGCUAUCCAUGCUCAUCGACAGGUGCAUAGCCAAGGUUGUGUGCUGUGUCACAUCUGUGGCUCGGCCUACACGGACCGCUCCACGCUCACGAAGCACAUGGCCGUCCACUCCAUGGAUCGCCCCUACCCCUGUACCUUCGCUGGCUGUACCUGGCGUUUUAAGACAGAGACACAAUGCAGGGCUCACUACCGCGCCCACACCAGCAAAGGACAGUAUAAAUGUGAGGUUUGCCAGUAUCUAUUCCGCCACAAACACCAUCUCCAAAGACACCUAGUCUCAGUACACAGGAUACAGGUUAUUAAGCAUCAACAACUCAGACCCAACAUUGGUAUUCUCCCAGCCAAUGAGGCUCCUACAGUUCCUCUGGAGGGCGGGGCUAGUGACAUUCAAAUGAUCCAGGUGGUACUUAAUCAGCAGGUUCACCAAGAGGUCGUUAACGCAGACAUGCAGGGUAUUCAAGUCUACAAAUUGUUUACCGCUUGAUGCCGAUGAUGUAACUAACACAUCAGUGACAAGUGACAACAUAGCUGUACAUGUACAUGUUUGUCCGUCGCUGAAACUAAAUAGAAAGUUCAAUUUUUUGGUAAUUCCUUGAAUGCCUGCCAAUUUUGUCUCUAUCAUUUCAGGUUUUAUGCAUGUUCUUUAACCCUAACACUCCCAAAUCCUCCCAUUUCAACACGUUUUUACAUACACCCUAGGGGGUUAGGGUUAAAGUUGAUUUUAUUUUUGAACUAGUUAUUCUAACUUUCUUUCAGGCCGUAUGGAAGGGUUAGACAAAUCAUCAACAUUAACAAUCCAGGAGGCAUAAAAGAACCUUCUGGCAUAAAAGG